UGAAAAUCUGUCUUUUAAAGUUACGGAACAAUGGACCAAGUGCCUUUAGCAAAGCCAUAUUGGAUCUGCAAUGGCCCUACAAGUUUAAGGAGAAUUUCUUGUUGUAUGUAAUGGAGCUCAAGUCUGAGGGUCCUAUGAUGUGUACUCCAGGCACAAUUAUCAACCCACUGAAUUUAAAAACUGCAGAAUCGAAGACAAACCAAUCAUUAUCAGCAACUACAGUUCCAGAAACUCGACACCACAGAAAACGCAGAAGUACAAAUGAUUUAGAAGGAAUUCAAGUUCUGGAAUGUGGUAUCGUAGAAUGUAUGAAGAUAACCUGCCAGAUUGGUAAACUGGAAAGAGGCAAGAGUGUUGUUCUGCACAUCAGGUCACGAUUGUGGGCUGAAACAUUCAUGCAGAAAGAGAAUCAGUCAUAUUCCUUGAAUGCUUCUGCAACGUACAAUGUUAUAGAAAUGCCAUAUAAAAAUCUCUCUACUGAACUUCCUUCUGGAUUUAUUAUGGUCACCACCUUAGUGACUUGGGACAAACCUACACCUCCUCACCAGGUGCCAUUCUGGGUCAUUAUAUUGGCACUCCUAGCUGGCCUUCUGCUUUUAGGUCUCCUGGUGUUUGUAAUGUAUAAGCUUGGUUUUUUCAAACGUGUUCGUCCACCACGUGAAGAUUCCAUUGAACGGCAACAACUUCAGCCCCAGGAGGUGAACGGAGAUGGGGCUGUUGAAACUUAAGCAGGGUCUGAUGUUAAAGAAACAACACUAAAGCCUGAACUUGAAGUGAACAACCUAACUAACGUGGUAUGAAAUGAACUGCCAAAAAUGCAGUCUGCACUAGCAUCUUUAUUUGUAUUGACGUGGUUGUAGGUACAAUUAUUGAGCAAGAGCAAUAUAAAUUGAGCUUUGCUGGUUCCUACUGAUGUGGUUCAUGUAUUUCACUGCACUGAUUAGCACUUCAAAAAAUCUGUAAAAGGCUGCAGGUUUAAAUGGUGAAAUUCUUGCCGGCAGUCACUGAUACAUUGACAGCAACCAGUAUUGUUAAGUUUAACUUUUGCAGUGCAAUAUCACGAUAUGUUAGUAGAUCCUCACUGAAAAGCAAAUUAUUAAGUCAUUUAAGAAUAAGACCUCUUAAAUGUAUUAAUUGCUUACAUUUGUGAUUUAAUGUUUUCUUUUUCAUAAUAUUACAUGACUGUUGCCAAUAUACUUGGAGAAAUGUUUUUACAAUGAGAAUGUAUAAUAAAAAGAAAAGUUUUGGAAUGUGAAUGAUUGCCCAUAUUGGGUGAAUAGAGAGAGUAAGGUGUCCUGUAGCUAUGUCGCAUUUCAUUUUGGUUAACGGUGGAAAUGAUUGAGCAAAUGUACAAUGCACUACAGUGAACUAUUUUGAUACUAUUUACUACGGACUGUUCUGAUCAGAAACCUUUCUAUUUCUUGGUUGCACUCUAUAGCAUAACAUAACCCAGAUGAUCACACACUUGUGUUACUGCAUUGAAAACCUAAAUGCAAUUCACUGACCCAUCAGAUUAUCACCCAAUAUUGUGUUCAUCCUUUUAUUACUAUUUGUGCAGACUGACCUAAUCUGAGCUGGCAACCCAGUUGUACUGCAUUUAAAAAAAAAUAAAGUUGCUCUCAUUUGUAGAAAAAGCUGUUCGAUUACAAAUAAUAAACUAUGCAUUUAAUACGAUGACAAUGCCCAAAUAUUCAGAAUUCUUUUUGAUCAGAAAAUCAGGCAGUCUAUUUCCUUGUAGGUUUUAAUUUUUUUUUAAAGGGAAAUUAGUAUUUUGGCACGUAUCUUUUAAGAUUUACAUUUGUUCUUUGGCUUGUAUUUUUAUGGGGUGAUUGUAUUUCAUGGCUUUUUAAAGGGAAUAAAUGGGUUAUGAAUGUCA